ACAAUCAAUUGUCGUCGCGCUCCAGUGCUCACCUCAAAAGAUGUACUCCAGCACGAAGUGCCAUCUAACCCGUCCACGGCCGUUGACAAAACCCCGACAAAGACUCUCGCUUAUUCCGAAUCAGACACCGUUCAGACUCUUCACAACAAAUCUGUCGACUCCACGGAAAAUCCCAUACCCCGCUUGGUUCCGAUGGAUUACGAUUCCGAUACCGACAGUCAAUCUUCAUCCGACAAAGAUCAUGCGGACAACGAUCAGAUCGUUGGACCACCAGAAACACCGAGAUUGUCAGACUCGGACAGUGUGCCAACUCCUCCCCCGACUGUAGGCGAUGUCAUUGGAUUCACCUCUCUAGCAGAUGCUCCAGAAUCGAACUCGGAGGCGGAAAAAACACCAGAAGUAACGCUUCCUUCGAAUUCACAAUCUGGUUCCAGUCGCGGUCGACGCCGGCGGCGUGGUGGUCGAAAAAGACGACAACGAUUGGAGCGACGUAAUGCAGAUGGUCUGGUCGAAAACACUGGGUCUGUCGAUGACCAACAACCCAACAGUUCACAGUGCGGCCCUUCUCCAGCUGGCUCGAAUCCUUUUGCACUACACCCAGUUGUACAGCUGCGGGCCAAACGUCGGGCUUGUUUACAAGACCCCGAACGCAUUCACAGUCGUCCCACACUUCUGCAGAUGUCGGACAUACACGGAUCUGACGGUUGGACGGUUUUGUUCUUCCUCGCUCUGGGCGAUCCGGAACCUGACAAAACACCGUUUCAGACCGAAUGGAAAUUCUCGUGCAAAUAA